GGCACCCUCUGCGGUUGCUCUGGGACACAACCGCAGCAGCACUGGAUUCACCAGAGGUAAUGAGGGACGUAUGGAGGUGGCAGCGCUGCUGAGGCAGGUGCUGCCUACAGGAACCCCAGAGCAGGAAGAUCCAGACCAAAAGGAAACCCUUUCUACCCUUAGGAUCAUGACAGAGUAGGGAAUUCAUGAGCCUUGAACAGACCACGUUAAUGACUGGCGUUGGAUACUACUUCCUGGAGAUAUCCUCAUAUCUCUCUGUUACAUCUUGAUGAAAUGCCACAGAAUCGUCUGUGGAUAAAAAUGGAACUGAAAUUGUUGGGGGUAAGAACAAAAUGCUGCUCAAACUAUACAACUAAUGACUAGCCUGAUUAUACAGAGCCUGGGAUACUUCUGGACAUACCUGUUCUUUUCUCAAAGUUUUGCAUUUGGACUGACAAGUGGGUAUCUUCCUAUCAUAAGCGCUUCAGGAUACUCACUUUGGGCCUCUUUGUUUUUUAGCCUAUCAGGAAGCUUUUCAAUAGCAUUACAGAGGAGGCCUUCAAAUUACAUGCUGAUUUGGACUAUGACAAUGAACAUCUUAAGCAUCUUCACAACACUAAUAGGUGUGUUUUUAAUAGCAAUCGAACUGAUGAUGACUGCAGAUUUAGAAUCUCCUUUGUGGCAGCAUAGAAGUGGUAGGAUGCUUACAGAAUAUCUCUUCCUGUUCACUAUCUUGGAGAUGCUUGUGGCAUCCGUAGUAACUGAGUGGACCUAUAGAGCAAGAUUCACAGAAGACUAAAACAGUUCAUAGAAGAAAACAAACCUUUUCUCGCAUGCUAAAAGAAGUAUCAUGGCCUCAGUCAAGUUCAAUGAUGAGUGAAGAACUUCAUUUUGUUCAAGAGAAUGCUCAGAAAUGGAAUUUUAUUAUCUGCCUCAGUAUUUCCUCUCCUCCAUUUCAUUAAUUAAAAAUGAUAGCAAUGAA